GCAUGUAUGGGGUGCUGUUGUGUUAUGGGGAGUCAGAGUAUGGGUGGCAGAGUAUGCCAUAGGUUACUGUCCUCCUAUUGUGCCCGUCUGGCCAUCAUUGCAAGGUGUCCAGUCCCCGCCCUCCAGAAUCACAUUACUUAUAGGGGACCCAUCAGGGGAUAUUUUUUGGGGUGCUCAUUUUUCUAAGUAAUUAAUAUUUUCGUGAUAUUAUUAUUGCCUGUGGUGGUGCAUACGUUGACAGUCGUAUGCACUGCGGACAGAAAUUCUCUUAUGAGAGUUACCUACAGAGGUAAUCUGAAGGAAAUUGACGGAUAAGGAAGUGGAUCCAAUGGCAGAAAAGAUCCUUGCGCUCACUGUAGACAUCGUCUACCUGCUGACUAAAGAGGAUUAUACAGUAGUGAAUAAGAAGACAUCUGGGGAGCCUGUUAUGCUCAGCAGUAGUUCCUGUGUGUCAGGAGGAGGGAGCAGGAACCAGAGCUGCAGCACUGUGCCUCCACCUCACUCACUGAUACAUGAGCGAGACAGUGACCAGAAGAUCCUGGAACUCACCAACAAGAUCAUUCAUCUGCUGACUGGAGAGGUCUGGAAGUAUUUAAAGGGACACAAAGAUCUGACGCUAGAGAAGGAAAAGCCUCCCAUAUCACCGGAUUUACAGGAUAAUCCCAUGACUGUACACCAAUCUUCUCGUAUGAAGACAGAAUCGGUCUCAAGCGACGGAGGAAAUCUUCAACGCACUGACAUUUACUCACCCACAGAUCAUACGGAUCAUACCCCGUUCAGUACUCAUAUUAUAGAGGAAUCAGACUCGUGUGAAGAAGGAAAUCUCACAGACACCAGCAUUUACAGUAUUCCUACAGAUCAUAUACCAUCUACAGCUACAUAUAUUAAGAAGGAACCAGUCACACGUGAAAAAGUAAAUCUUGCGGCCAGUUAUGUAUCUACAACCGCAUAUCAUACACAGUCUACAUCUACUAAUAUUAAGGUGGAAUCAGUCUCGCGUGGAGAGCGGAAUCUUAAAGACACAGACAUAUAUACUCCCACAGAUCCUACACAUUCUAGAUCUGCUCAUAUUAUGGAGGAAUUAGGCUCAUGUAAUGAAGAAAACCUCACAGACACUGGAGAAGAAAACCUUAAAGACACAGACAUGUAUAUACCCACAUAUCGUACACAGUAUACAGCUACUCAUAUUAAGGAGGAAUCAGUGUCAUGUGACGGAGGAAACCUCACAGACACUGAUCAUUAUACUGCCACAUAUACACAGUAUACACCUACUCGUAUUAUGGAGGAAUCAGUCUCCUGUGACGGAGAAGACCUCGCACACACUGACGACUAUAUACCUACAGAUCAUACACAGUAUUCACCUACUCAUAUAAAUGACCCAGGGGAUUCAAUUGUAUGCUUUAAAUACGGAGAUUUUUUCCCAACGAACUCCCCGCUUACUACACAAGAGAAAUUCCACCAAGGGAAAAAGAUGUAUUCCUGUACGGAAUGUGGCAAAUAUUUCAGCUGUAACUCACAACUCGCCAUACAUUUUAGAAUUCAUACAGGAGAGAAGCCGUAUUCCUGUAUGGAAUGUAACAAGUGUUUCAGACACAAACCGCAUCUCAUUAGGCACCAGAAGGUUCACACUGGAGAGAAACCAUAUUCUUGCCCUGAAUGUGGGAAAUGCUUUGCUAGCAAUUCAGAUCGCGUUCGGCAUCAGAAAAUCCACACGGGGGCAAAACCAUUUUACUGUCCCAACUGCAGGCGGUGUUUCACCCACCGGUCGGCCCUGGUUCACCACCAGUGCAGUCAGAAAGGAGAGAAGCCGUUUUCCUGCCCUGAAUGCGGGAAACAGUUCAGUCAGAAAGCUUACCUCCAUAUACAUAGCAGAAUUCACACGGGAGAAAAGCCGUAUGCCUGUUCUCUCUGUGGGAAGUCUUUUACCCAGAAGUCAUCGCUCACAACGCAUUAUAAGACUCACAGAGUUUUAUAAUCAUGUGGUGGAAUGUGUAACAUCUUCUAGGUGCUCGCUAAGGGCCUUAGGGGUCUACUUACUAAGCCUUGGAUGGAGAUAAAGUCGCUGGAGAUAAAGUACCAGCCAAUCGGCUCCUGUUAUUUUUCAAACACAGUCUGUGUGCAUAGCCGUUAGGAGCCGAUUGGCUGGUACUUUAUCUCCGUCCAAGGCUUAGUAAAUAGACCCCUUACUGUGAGUUAGACGCAUCUGCGGGAACGGGUGCAUCUUCCGUUUUCAUGCGCCAGAAUAGCAAAAGGUGGUCUGCGCAUGCACCACACUGCGCGUCCGAAGUCGCAACGGAGACCAACGUGAAAUAGGUGUUUUUGGGCGGUGAGUAUAUAGAUGGAUGCAGCUGCUGUUUCUGAUGGGAUUGGCGUGGGUGUGGAUGGACAGCUCCGGGCCAUUCUGAGCCGUGCGUAAGGGGAAGGGACGUCUCUUUCUGGUGGAUAUCUUGCAAGUGCUGUUAUUACUGAUGGGGUCUGCAUCUGCGAACGCUAAAACAGUGGGCAGGAUAGGCUUGUACUUGUGUCUUAAUUCUUCUGAUUGUUGCAUUAGCAUAUGAAAGUACAAUGCCGGCCGUCGUGCGGAAAAUCAGCCGCAGAAGCGUGUGACUCAGGAUCAGGCCUUAAAUGUAGACAACAAACCCUGAAAGUAAUUGCAUUGGGUUUUCCUUAAUCAACACAGACUGCUAAAUAAAAAGUUCUGCUCAGUUUUUAUUA